GUCCCUGUCUGAUUCUUUGCAACCCCCGGGCAGUGGGCGCCUCCCUUCCCGGAACUGGGUGCCGACCUCUUGGCGCCAUGUUGCUCCUCCGGCGCUUCGCGCCUUCGCGCGCGCUUCGCGCCGGCGCCCCGCGCGCGGCGGCCUUUUUGGCGGCGCCAAAAGCGCCGGGCGCAGGCUGGAAGCCGUUCUUGGCCGUCGCAGCGAUCUCAUUUCUGGGCAAUCGAGACAUUUACUGCGAGGCUCCGACUGAGGAGCUGCACUUGUCCAAGGCGGAUGAGAGUUUGCUGGUCAAAAUCCUGGAUGAUGGCGUGGAGAACCUCUGCAAGUGGGCACUGGCGCCGGCAUCCUGGUGGGACGAAUGUCACAGCCUGCGCCUCGGUGGCCUCAAGGAUGCGAAACACUUCACCAGAAGGAUGGAGGGUUUCCCGAUCCGGCUUCAGAUGGUCAGCGCAGAGUGGGAGGACGUGUCGUUGAAGGAGUUGCUGGUGUUGUCGGAGGCCUCUGAGACCUGCCUGAAGCUGACCUUCGACCCGGUGAUCAACUCCAUGACCACGCGGCUCCGCUUCGGCGACGGCCGGGCACGUCUACUGCGGACCAUGACCAACCCGACAUUGAUGGGUUUGAUCUCCGCGCGGGAGGUGGACAGCGUGCUGCGGGAGCCGGAGAAGUUGCCCGACGGCACCGUGGCGGGCGGCGGCAUCGGGCUCCAAAGUCCCCUCCUCGUGGACAAGGUGAAGGAGAGCGAGUGGAUUUUGGCCCUGGCUGCGGUACCUCCCAGCGCCGGCAAAGUGAGGGCUGUGGAUCACACCAGCGGCUUUAUCUUCCAGCCCUGCGAUGCAGCGGCCAAAUCCGGAGACGACUGCAAGGGCCGCUGGAAGGUGCACUACAUCCUCCUCAGCGAGGCCGGUGGCGGAGUACCUCUCUGGGCGGCGGACAAGGGGGUCUCCAAGGCCAUGGCAGAUUGGUUCACAGCUGCACACAAAGAGUGGGCCAGCUGGAGGUGAUGUCGAUCUCUCAUUGAUUGCGUUAGUUUUGUCUCUUCGUGCAGAUGCACGAAAACAUCUGCCUCGUGCAGUACAUUGAUUGAUCACUGAACUGCAUUUGACUCUGCCCUGCGAGGAAAAAA